UAAAGGUUUAAGUUUCAAACAAACACAAGAAAUGGGUUAUUUGGAGCAGUUGAUAAUCAAGUUUGUGCUUCCAAUUUCUCUGUUCUGUGUUCUGUUCGUUCUACCUCCCUUAUUUUCUCAGUCCUUGAAAUCAUUCCUAAUGCAAUUCUUUUGCAGCUUCGACACCAAUGAUGAGAGUUACAUGUUCCUUCUCUGUAUCCUUCUUUUGGCUUUUAUAAUAUUGUUUUCUAUCCUAAUCAAUGUCUCUUCAUCAACCAGUAAUGAUAGCGAAUGGUUAGAAUAUAAUGCAUUAGAGUCAGGGAUUGAAGAAGAAUCAAUUUCCAGUGAAGAUGAGAAAGAUGAAGAUAAUGAGAUAGAAGAAUUGAACAAGAAAUGUGAAGAUUUUAUCAAAAAGAUGAAAGCAUCGUUUUAUUAUGAGAUGAAAGCUUAAUAUUACAAUUGUCAUUUUGAUUAUUCUCAGAAAUUACUUCUGGUUAUUAAUUAAUUGAGUUGCAAUGGAUAAAUAAAUAAAUAUUUUGAGUUCAA